CUCGCUAUGAGCAGACACCUACUGCUUACAUUAUAGAAUGCAAAUAUACAAAAACCAUACAAACAUAUUCAACGUUUAUUAUCAUGCAAGUGUCAUCUUAUUGGCCUAAGACCCUGUCUAGAUAAAGUGACCAUGUACGAGUGAGUUAUACCUACUUGAUUGUUACUUACUUAUUUCUGUUGAUAUAUUGGGUCCGAUGCGGAAGUGAAUUAUUUAUUUUCAUUUAUUUAUUCUGUUGCUGAUCAAAAUGCGUAUAUUUCUAUUACUGGGCGCACUCCUCGUAGGAUGCGCACGCGCAGACUCUGACGUGCAGUACGUGAAGGGCGUAAAAGGUGGCUACGGCAGCCGUUACCAGUACAAAGGCGACACAAACUAUUUAAGAUUUUACAACAAUACACAAGUGAAUACCACAAGACACGACCCGGCGGAAGACGUCGGCGUUUGCUAUGUUGAAGUUCCAACAAUAAACUUAGUGUCUGAUCCCUCUCAUGUACCAGCUGGAAAUGGGUCUCGGCCAGAACUCAGUCGAAUUAGAACCUGUUGUAAAGGCUACAUCAGGAAUGCACACAACUAUAUGCUAUGCGAGCCGGUGUGCACAAAUGAAUGCGUCAAUGCACUGUGCGUAGCGCCAGACACCUGCAAAUGUUUCCCUGACCAUGUAAAGAACUUGGCUGGAGUCUGUGUAGCCACCUGUCCAAUUGGUUGUCAAAACGGCCAUUGUGCUGGAGGAGAGUGCAUCUGCAAUGAUGGCUUCAAAUUAGAUCCUGACAGCAAAUUUUGCAUACCUAGUUGUAGAGAAAACUGUGGUGGAUUAGGCAACUGUACAGCACCAAAUACCUGCGAGUGUAAAACCGGCUACAAGUCUACACAUGAAGGCUCUUGCCGAGCUGUCUGCGAUCGCUGUGAAAACGGCGAUUGUGUAGCUCCGAAUGACUGCCGUUGCCGAUCUGGAUACGCCAAAGACCAACAAGGCAAAUGUGUUCCUCAAUGCAAUCCGGCCUGUAGUUCUGGAAGCUGUGUUGCGCCUAAUACCUGCUCGCGCCGUUCAAACACUGACGAUGAUUCACACCUUCACGUUACGCCUAUUAGGGUCAGGCCCUUAUAUCCUCUAAAUCAAAUCCAAAAUGGCUCAGCCCCAUAUCCAUAUAAUCAAACUGACAACCACCAAUAUCAUCAGGGCCAAUACUCCCAAACAGACUAUGGAAGAGGGGAUGUAGAAACAUAUAAUUCCAGAUAUCCAACUAACCAAAGACCAGGUCAAUACUCUGAUUACCAACACAGUACAAUACAACAAUCUUCAAAUGAUUCUCAAUAUUAUUCCAACCAUGGUACAUUUUAUAGUUCACAGUAUCCAUCACAAGGCCCUAAUUCUCUUACCACAUAUGGCAGGUACAACAAUUCAGAUAGUCAAGCAGUCAAUGGAAGUAACGAAUUUCAAUAUUCUUCAAACCAAUACUCUAAUCCGAAUAACCAAUUUCCCAACAGCCAGAAUCCCAACAAUCAGUACCCCAAUAAUCAGUAUCCCAACAGCCAGAAUCCCAACAAUCAGUAUCCCAAUAAUCAGUAUCCCAACUAUCAAUACCCCAACAACCAGUAUCCCAAUAACCAAUAUCCCAACAAUCAAUACCCGAAUAACGAAUACCCAAAUAAUCGGUAUCCAAACAACCAAUACCCAAAUAGCCAACACUCAAAUAACCCAAAUCCAAACCAACAAAGACACACUUAUCCAGCAUCGUCUCCGAGAUACGGGUCAAAUCAUCCGUCAAAUCAGGAUACAACCACUGAACAAUACCCCCAAAGCGUGUCAGAAGGAUACAAUCCGGAUAGACAACGCCCUUCUAACAAUUCCUCCCAUCCCAACCAAAGAUCUGAUAAUCCGCAGCAUCCAGACAAUCGUCCUUCACAAGGUAGACCAUAUUAUCCAAAUUCUAACCAAGGACCCUAUCCAGGAUAUGGUUACCCUGAAGAAUCUUACAGUCCCUCUAAUCCAACGCGUGACCGUAAUAACCGUCCAUUUAAUUCCUUCAACCAAGUGGGGUCUGAUCACAACCGAGCCCGGAACGGCUCCCAGGAUGUAAACCAUGGAUCGUUCCAUCAAUCGAACCAAUAUGAAGAUCAACAGAAUGCUGAAUACGUGCCAGUAUGCUCAAGACCUUGUAUCAACAGCCACUGCGUAGAAGGAAAUGAAUGUAGAUGCAACCCUGGAUACAUUCCAGAUAGAAGUGAUCCUAGCAGGUGCUUGCCAAACUGUCCAGGUGGAUGUCCCAAUGGUGUCUGCUCGGCUCCACAUCUGUGCCUCUGCAAAGUUGGCUACUACAAAGACACCAGCGUGAAAGGCCGACAAAUCUGUAUUAAACAAAUCAGAUGAACUGUUUUUUUUUUCAUCUUUAAAUGUACUGAGUAUUUGAUUAAGUCAUAUUUUAUUUCAAUACCACUACAUACGUACAUACAUAUCUGUCUGUCGGUUUAAAUAUCACUGAUGUUCCUAAUUAUAACUUCAAAUACAAUAGAAUAUAAUAUUAUGUCUUAUUAACCACUGAAUUACGUCAGUCAUCGAUGAUUCAAAAUGUUCUUAAUAUAAAAUCCAUUAUUUCAUACAAAACCAUUUUGUUAUCGCAUUAAAAAUUAAUUAACUUAUUAAUUUAAAGUUACAUUAAAUUCUUAAAUUUAUUUAAAACACUGUUUAAACAAAACUCUGUUUAAUUGGUUAAACAUUGUUUAGUCAUAAUAACUUGAAAUUUUAUGCAUCAAAAUCUAUAGAGUCUUAUAAUAAUAUUUAUUACUUUAAACAAGUUUAUUUUUUAAUAGGACAGACUUUAUUUUGUUUAUACAAAAACACAUUAAACAUUUAUUUAUAAUUACCUGAUUAUGACAAAUUUAACUAUUUUGUGAUAAGACAAAUAUAUACUUAGUUUAUGAAUAUAAUAUUUUUUUAUAAUACAUUAUAAUAAAAGAAUUUAAAUUUAA